AUGGCCAGCGUUGGAGGUGCCGGUGUGAGGUCCAGCAAACGGAAGCACCAAGAGACCAAAGUCGAGAAGCUGAAAACAGACACUUCGUCGGCCAUGCCCGUACCCUUCACCGGCAACAGUGCCCCGCCCCUUUAUUCUGUUGAGAUUCGUCAUGGCCCUGGCAAGACUGCUCACGAUCUGGAUAAUCAGCCAGCCCUCAAGAAGCCAAAGCUGCCUCUCGCGGCCGAACUGGACGGCUUCGGACUUCAAUCCAACGCUACAAGAAGCCUCACGGCUGAGGAACCAAAGCUGGUCGCGUGCCGGCUGGACAGAAUGCGCGGAGCUGUCAGAACGCUUCUCGAAUGUAUUGGCGAAGAUCCGGACCGCGAGGGCCUGCAGGAUACACCAUCCCGGUAUGCGAACGCGCUCUUGUUCCUGACUUCCGGCCACCAGAUGAACGUCGAUACCAUCGUCAACAAGGCGCUCUUCCACGAGAGCCACCACGGAAUGGUCAUCAUGAGAGACAUUGAGAUCUGCAGUCUGUGCGAGCAUCACCUCUUGCCGUUCACUGGAAAGAUGCACAUCGGCUACGUUCCUUCCUCGGCUGUCAUCGGACUUUCCAAGCUGCCACGGAUUGCUGAGAUCUUCUCCAGGCGGCUGCAGAUCCAGGAACGUCUUACCAAGGAGGUCGCUCACGCCAUCAUGGAAGCUGUCAAACCCCAAGGCGUUGCGGUCGUCAUGGAGGCGAGCCAUCUUUGCAUAAGCAUGAGAGGUGUCCAGAAGCCCGGAACCAUCACCAUUACGAGUCACUUCUCAGGUUGCCUUGAGCAGUCCGACUUGCGCAGCGAAUUCCUGGGUCUCGUUGGCAUGUCCAGAGCAUAG